CCCGGACCGGCCAUAGACACCUGAGAGGGAGAGGGUUAAGAGAGACUGAGACUCCAGCAGCAGAUCGGUGAGCUGCCGAGUGGCGCCAACACCGACGACUCAGACCAGGCGUGUGUCGUGGGCGUAUACACACACAUACAUGGAUCGAUGCUGCCUAUCAAUGGAAUCAGCGGCUGGAUGACCCGGACACACUUUGAAUACAUACACUUCAAUUUGCCGGCAUAGUGGUGCCCUUAUCGUUGCUACCACCAAAGCUGCGCUGGAUCCGCGAGGCACAAGGAAGUAGGUGGCAGGAACGUAGACGCACCCGUUAAUCCACGCACGAUCCCGAUACCGAUUCCAACUCGACUCGACCUUGACUGUGGCCCAUCAUGUCGUGGAAAGGCUUCACAAAGGCCAUCAACCGCGCCGGAACAUCGGUGAUGCAGAAGACCGGGCAGGUCGAGCGCACAGACGAUGUCGCGUUCACUGAGAAUGUAGCAACGGCCAAAAACCUGGAGAAGCAGGCAGGGGCGCUGCAGAAGGAGGCAAAGGGAUACCUGGAUGCUGUUCGAGGCAUCUCAGCAGCACAGCUGCGCAUCGCCGAGUCGGUAGAGUCGUUCUACUCGGAUGCAAGUGAGCCAGCGAUCGCCGCGAACGCCUACAAGCGAGCCGCAGACGACCUCGACGGCCGCAUAGCGCGCGACCUUGAUCCUCCUUUCCGCGCGACGGUGCUCGAGCCGAUUGGCAAGCUUUCCAGCUACUUUCCCGAGAUCAACAAAAAUAUCGAGAAGCGGAAUAAGAAGCUGCUUGACUACGAUGCUGCGCGCGCCAAGCACCGGAAACUUCAAGAGAAGCCGAGCGACGACCCAAGCAAGCUACCAAGGGCAGAGAAGGAGUUGGAGGACGCCAAACUGCUCUUUGAGACGCUAGAUGACCAGCUGAGAGAAGAGCUACCUCAGCUGCACAGCCUGCGCAUCCCGUACUUGGACCCAUCGUUCGAGGCGAUGAUCCGGAUGCAGGCCAAGUUUGCCGAGGAAGGCUACGAAAAGAUGGGCGGCGUGCAGCGCUUCUUCAACGAUAGCGUCCGGGAUGACUAUGCCAGUGGAAAUCUAGACAGCCAGGUGGAGAAUGUGUUGCAGGAGAUGAGACAGCUCAGCAUCUGUGGCAUGGGCUCCUAGUGGGAGUGGACCCCCCCCAAAGAGUCGUUUCGCUUUCCUUCAUUCAAGUAGGAAUGGGCCUUGCAAGUAUACUCGAGUGGAAACUUUUGCUCUUUGAACAACUCAUUCAACAACCCUGCCCCUAUUUGGAUGCAACAGCUGACUGUGUCAACCAAACUGUUUGUAAUGCUGAUGAUAGUACAAAUGCUGUUGGAACGAUG